GACGUCUGAAAUGCGAGCAACCUCUACUUCCACAACACAGCCUGUCCGCUCACGUCCUCCUGCGAACAUGCAGAGGUUCAAUACUAUCAAGACGCAAUGUGAUAUUGACAUGUCAUAGCAGGCAAGCUGAGGGCUGAAACCAUAUCUUGGUCAGCUGAGAAGGAGCACAGAUGUCAAAGUAUGCUCAACAAAGCGGACUGAACCACACAAUAAUUUCAAUAUUUCCGUGGUUCUGAUUUCCCAUGUGUUCCCAUUCACCGUGUUUAGAUCGACAACGUCACAACGGUAACCCAUACUUCUCGAUAUUGUCUUGUUUAUUUGCUACAGGUCAACCGUUACAGCUGUAGCGGCUGUAACAGCUCUUCCUUUAGGCACUUUUGGGUCUGGUCGCCUUUCAAGUUCCGCCGGCGCAUGGGUUGACUACGUUCGGGGCACGUCACACAACAAAGUCAUGGAGCCCGACGCUACCAGGUUGGGGGGCGUUGUUGACGAGAGCCGAUCUAACAGUUCAACACCUCCUCUGCGCAUGAAUGAACAAACUCAUGCCACGACUGACAUUUUUGACAAACACCGUCGCCUUGUCGACUGGGUCCUUGCCAAUGAUGGGUACUUUCACCCCCAUGCUCAGAUUGCUUUCAGCGGGCGGAAGGGCUUUCAUGCUGUUGUUGCUGAUGGUCAGAGGCUAUUCAGCGGCGCUCGCAUUGCCAGUUGUCCUGUGCCAAUAACCAUAUCCCUUUUGAAUGCUCUGGAUAUUGACCCAUUCUCGAGUCAUGGCUCUGCUUUUCCAAAAUCGUUUCUGCGGAAUCAAGUGUACAAGACAGAGUCUUUGCAAGCUUUCUUCCUGAUGGAGCAGCUUGUCAUUGGAGAGGAUUCAUGGUGGGCGCCAUACAUUGCCACAUUACCCACUGUUCAAGACAUAACAGAUAUGCAGUUCGAGGUGGAAGCGGACGUUGUCUGGUUGGAGGGCACUAAUCUCAAAGGAGGUAUCUCAGCGCAAAGCGCGAAAUGGAAGGAGAUGUAUCUGCAAGGCAUGGGCCAACUGAAGCAAGCACAGUGGCCCAACGCGCUGAACGGAUCUUAUACGUGGGUCAAGUUUCGCUGGGCCGCCUCGAUAUUCGGUAGUCGUUCAUUCACUUCACAAGUCCUUGAUGACACUCCUCCGGCGGAUCUGGCUCGGUUACGAUACCGUUCAUCGGAUGACGACUCUGGCGAUCUCGUGAAAUUGUUCUCCGACAGGUUCGGAGUGCUUCUUCCACUGUUAGAUCUGCUGAAUCACAAGCCUGGGGCAAAAGUCGAAUGGCAAGCCCGAUACAGCUUCGUCGGUCUUCAGAUCUUAGAGAACUAUCAGUCUGGUCAGGAGCUCUGCAACAACUACGGUCCUCGCGACAACGAAGGUCUUCUUCUGGCAUAUGGUUUCACAAUCCCUAAUAACCCAUUCGAUCAUCUGGUAAUAAGCAUCAAGCCUCCUCCUGGUUCUCCACUAGCGACAACUCGAAGAUGGAAACAAGAUCUGCGGUCCGAUUUGGAAAGAAGAUGCUUCAUCUUCGACCAUCGUCAUCCUCAAUCAAAAACGGCAACUACGUUAGAGACAUCAUUGUUCUCUUUCGAUCUACUGGACAGCAUAUCAGUUCUCUGCGCCAAUGAACGCGAACUGCAGACAAUGUUUUCCAGACAGCAGACGAUCAUGAGUUACUGUUUAGGCCCAGAGUCUAAGUUCGAAGAUGGUCGACUCAUUCUGGCAACACUCAGCCAAUUGUUGACCGAAUGCUCCAACAGAGCGGCCAGACUGAGGGCAACAGAUCCGGCACAAUCUCAUCCCCCUGUCACCCCAGCAAACCCGAAACAGCGCAAUGCGAAGGUGUACCGGGACAGUCAGCUCAGUAUCGUGGAGACGGCUGUAGCUGUGUGCAAAUAUGUGUUGAGUUUUGCCACAAGCGAGAGCACACACGAGGCCGUUCUUGACCGGUUACGUCCCACACUCUCCACCUCCGUCUUUGACGGCUUGGAGCAACUACUUGCGCGGCACUCAAAGCAAUUGACUCACCAAUCCGAGCUCCUGAACCCCCUGGCCAUCAUGGAGAUGCUCCCUGAUGACCUUUCGACAUCAUUGCAGAAAUGCAUAUCUGAGCUCGAGACCAACAUGAACAUUGUCAAUGAAGGCGGAUUGUCAGCAGCAAAUUUUGAAAAGAGCCGGAUCGCCAUUAUUCUUGCAGUAUUGUACAGUGACUACACGCAUGGUGUAAAACUACCGCACAGAAUCACUCAGUGGCUCAAACAAUUAGCUGACUGGUAUCCGCAUGACAGCGACUCCUGGGCGUAUGUCCCCACGCCGGGGCCAUGGGCCCCGGGAGAAGAACCUCCAGCUGAGUUGAUGAUGCUCCUUGCAGCAAGGGCAGCCCUCUCUCCGACAUUCCCAGCAGAAUCCAAAGUCAAACGAUGGUUGAGGCCGGAAAGACUGUGCUGGGGUUGGAAUAUCAUGGAGGAAGAGACGGUACGGAUUCCCAGUAGCAUUCUGGCGCACAAGGGUCUCUCGGACGAUGUGGUGCAGGGGGACAGCUCGAUUGUAUUAUAUUGGCAGAGAUACUAGGCAUAUGAUAACCCCUAACAAGGUCUCGGCGAUCGAUUGACCUUGAUCCUGCGCUUUAAAUGCGAAUGCUCCAAUCUGCGAGAAGCCCUCGACUGGAAGAACCUACCGAAAUCCCGCAGUAGUGACAACUUCGGAAACC